AUGGGCCAGUUACUCUCGCACCCGUUGACGGAGAAGACGAUCGAGUACAACGACUACAGGGACCACAUUGGGACGACGUACCUCUCGCACAAGUGUCCGCGGUUCUUUAACUGCGUCGGGUCCAUGCAGGGGUACCGUCUGACGCAAGAGGACGCACACAUGGUCAUCAAUGAGGAUGACACUCUACGAAUCCAGUUCUAUAACCCAUUCGCGGACCGCAGGGAACACUACCUCGUCAGCGUAUUUGCCGUGUUUGACGGCCACGGAGGGGACGACUGUUCGCUGUUCCUUGCGGGAGGGAACGGUAACGGGUACGACCCACAGCGUGGGAUCGCCAAGUGGGUCACUCGCAGCUUUGAAACGCACAGUUAUGGUGACGCAGCAAGGCAUAAGAUAGGAAGUGUCCUCCAGGGGGACGCCAAGGCGACACGAGUCUUUGCGUCCCUUGAGGGGCUCAUCGCACAGAUCAUGCGCGACGCCUUCUUGAAGCAGGACGCGGAGUUGUACAGGCACUUCGCCAACACACCGUGUGGGUCGACCUGUGUGCUUGCGGCGGUCGUCAAUGGGGAGACCCUUUACGUUGCCAACUGCGGGGACUCCCGCUGCGUGCUCUCCUCUAAGGGCAACGCGGUCAAGACGAUGUCCUUCGACCACAAACCACAGCACAUCGGCGAACUGCUCCGCAUCAACGACAACGGUGGAUCAGUCUCACUCGGGAGGGUCGGCGGUGUACUCGCACUGUCCCGUGCCCUGGGGGACUUCCAGUUCAAGCGCGGCGUCGACUACUCCCAACAGCACGCAUCCAACUCGCAUCAGUCACAGCAACUCUGGCACAAACGGAGCAUCCCGCCGCAGGAGGCGCAAGUCACCGCAGAACCGGACGUCCUGAUGCACAAGAUAGACUACAAGCGCGACGAGUUCAUCGUGCUCGCAUGCGACGGGAUCUGGGACGUAUACAGCAACAGGCAGGUCGUCAAACUGAUCAAGUACCACCUCGCCCUUGGUGCAAAACUGGACCAGAUCGUCCCGAAACUGCUCGACCACGGCAUCGCGCAGGCAAACUCGAGCACGGGAGUCGGCUUCGACAACAUGACGGCCAUGAUCGUAGUGCUCAACAAGCAGGGCGAGACCUUGUCCGACUGGUACACCAAGAUGAAAAUACGCCUCGAACGAGAACGCGGCCUGUCCUGA